AUGUGGUCGAUCGUUGCGUGUUUGUUUUAUGUGGUAGUCAAUGUGGAAAGUAUCAAAUAUGCAAAUGUCACGUACGAACCGGCGCAGAGGCAGCUAUUGGACUUCAAGCGGGACCAUCCGUUACCAAUAGGACUAUGGACCAAAAAUACUGGAGAUCCAGUUGAAAUUCGGGACACCAUAACAAUAAACUCCGAUCAAUUUAACAAUCAGUUGCUUCUCGACACUAUGUUGACCUUCGAUGGAGAGAGAAUACCUGAGAGAGUUGUCCAUGCCAAGGGUACUGGCGCCUUCGGAUAUUUCGAAGUAACGAACGAUGUCUCCAAAUACACUUACGCUGAUGUGUUUAACGGGAUAGGCAAGAAAACGCCUUUAGUAGUUAGGUUAUCAUCAGCUUUGCAAAGCGUAGGAGGCUCUGACCUUGCCAGAGAGCUGAGAGGUAUGUCGAUUAAAUUCUACACAAGGGAAGGCAAUUUAGAUUUACUGUGUUUAUCAACACCAGUCUACUUAUACAGAGAUCCUAUGUUCUUCUUGACCCUAGUGCAUGCAUUCAAGAGAAACCCACAGACAAACUUAUUUGAUUUCACAAGCCAGUGGGACUUAGCAACUCAAAGACCUGUUAUCAGUCACAACUUCUUCUGGACACUGGCUGAUUAUGGUAUUCCUAAUGGGUACAGAAGAAUGGAUGCCUUCCCCAUACAUACUUAUGAAAUAGCUAAUAAGCAUGGGGAGAGACACUAUGUCAGGUUUAACUUUAGAACUGAGCAGGGAGUCUCGGCAAUUUCAUCUGCUCAAGCAGCUGUCUUACAAGGUCAAGAUCCAGAUUUAUUCAAUCGGGAUUUGUACAACGCUAUUGACCAGGGUAACUUCCCUGCAUGGAAAUUGGAGAUGGACGUGUUGACACCACAUGACAUUCAAACUAUCGACUACGAUCCUUUCGAUGUUACAAGACUAUGGAAGAAUGGCACAUACUUCACCGUGCAAAUUGGACGUUUAGUGUUGAACAAGAACAUUGAAAAUCAUUUCAGGGAUGUCGAACAAGGAGCAUACAACCCUGCAGCCUUGGUGCCUGGUAUUCCUGGACCACCUGACUUUUUGUUCAGAGGCAGAAGGAUGUUCUAUAGGGACACACAAAAUCAUCGUUUGGGAAGAAAUCACAAUAAAAUUUUCAUUAAUAUGCCCUUGUACGCCAAGACAUACAUUCGCGACGGAACACCUCCUACAAGGCUGAACAUGAAGAAUGCCCCCAACUAUUGGCCUAAUUCAUUCAAUGGUCCUAUACCCUAUGUAGACGAGAAGAGACCGAGGGAGAAGUUACAAGUAUUGGAAAGUAACGCUAUUGAUUUAGAACCCUUGUCUAACUUCUACAAUUACAUUCUAGAAGAUGAGGGACACAGACAACGAUUUAUUAAUAACGUAGUUUUAUCUCUUGUGCCAGUCACUCCGCCGGUGGUGCAGAGAGCUCUAAAGCUCCUGCAUCUUAUUGACCGUGACUUGGGUAACCGAGUCACUGUUGGUUUAGAAGUAGCGUUAGCACAGGCUGCUGCUGAGCAGGCUGCAGCUCAAGCCACUGCUGCACCAAAUGUACCCAUCAGAAAUGUGCCGACAGCUGAUGCACCUCCUAAACAGCCAGUAUCAAAAGAUGUAAUCCGUCUUCUCUAA